AUGUCAUCUACUCAUAUACCAAAGGCAUUCGAUACAACCGAUGUAACUUUUAUUGCAUCUGGAAAGACUAAAUCAAUCUUUAAACUCAAUAAGGAAGAUCAAUAUGUUUUGAUUCUCUCUAAUUCUUCAAUCACUGCUGGUGACGGUGCCAAGAAAGACGAGUUACCAAUGAAGGGUAUUAACUCUACCUCUACCACCUGCAAUGUUUUUAGAGUAUUACAAUUGGCUGGUAUCAAUACUCAUUAUAUUCGUCAAGAACAAAACAAUAGUUUUAUUGCUAAACGUUGUUCAAUGAUUCCAUUGGAAGUUAUUGUUAGAAGACUUGCCACAGGAUCAUAUUUAAAGAGAAACCAACAUAUAACUGAAGGUACCAGAUUCAACCCAUGUCUCAUUGAAUUCACCUUCAAGGACGACGUCCAACACGACCCAUUGGUCACCGAACAAGAUAUCCUCGAGAUGAACUUGAACAUUGGUGGUCUCCAAGUAAACUCAAAGGUUCUCUCACAGAUUAGACAUGUUGCAAACCUUGCAUUCGAAGCAUUAGAGCGUGCUUGGGCAUCAAUCGAUGUUGUUUUAGUAGAUUUUAAGGUUGAAUUUGGUGUUACAACAGAUGGUGAAAUUAUAUUGGCAGAUGUUAUCGAUAAUGAUUCAUGGAGAAUCUGGCCACAUGGUGAUAAGAAUCAAAUGAAGGACAAGCAAGUAUAUAGAAACAUUCCACUCCAAUCGGGUGCCCCAACUGUUGGAACUCUAUCCGAUGAGCAAACCAAGGUUUUGGUCGACAAUUACUCCUGGGUGGCCAACGAAAGCGCAAAAUUAGUUGAUUACAUGGUCACUUCCAACCAUUCAACUUCCAACACUACUACUACUACUCCAUCGAAUCAAAGACAUUCAAAUGUUAUAAAUAAUAUCUUAUCUCCUGUUCCAUCUUAUUCAUCACCUCUAACACGUCAUAUAAAUCAAUCACACCAGGUCGGUCAGCCAUGUCUUUCAAUGCCACCAGCAAACGGUAAUAGUCCAAUGGUUGGAAUUAUCAUGGGAAGUCAAUCCGAUUGGGAAACAAUGAAGUUAGCUGCAAAUACAUUAACAACUCUUCAAAUUCCAUUUGAAGCAAAGAUUGUAUCUGCUCAUAGAACACCAGAUAGAAUGUUUGAAUAUGCUAGAGCCGCUAAAUCUAAUGGUUUAAAGGUUAUUAUUGCUGGUGCAGGUGGAGCUGCUCAUCUUCCAGGCAUGGUCGCUGCUUUGACAUCUUUGCCAGUGUUUGGUGUACCAGUACAAUCAAAGGCUCUCAGUGGAGUAGACAGUCUAUUGUCAAUCGUUCAGAUGCCAGCUGGUAUUCCAGUUGGAACCGUUGCAAUCGGUGCUGCCGGUGCUACCAAUGCUGCUUUGUUGGCUGCUGCCGUUUUGGCUCCAUUCUAUCCGGCCAUCGAUGCCAACCUUGAACAAUACAGAAAGAAACAAACCGAUGCCGUUGCUGAAACACCAUCUGAUAAUCCAGCUGCUGCUGCUCAUGGACAUGCCAUUUCAACCCCAUCAUCCAACGAUAUGGUUUCACAUAUUUCAACACUUCUCUCGGUUCAACCACAAUCAUCAUCUUCAUCAUCGUCGUCGUCGUCGUCGGUUUCAUUGACCACCUCAACUUCUUCUUCAACAGUAUCAACAUCACAAUCAUCGAUCAAGACAGUUAAACCAACCAUUCAAACACAAUCGACUACAUCGUCGUCACCAAUGCAAUCACUUCACUCACCAUUGACCGGUGUCAAUUCACCGAUUCGUUCAACUUCUCCAUCGAUUGUUGUUGCUGAUAAGAGUCCAUUGUCAACCUUUGUCCUAUCGACAUUGCGUCCAUCUGCUUUGGUUCUCCCACCAGGAUCUACCAUUGGUAUUCUUGGAGGUGGUCAAUUGGCACGUAUGACAGCGAUUGCCGCUGCUCAGCUCGGUUACAAGACACACGUUUUCUGUCCUGAAAACGAUGCAUCUGCUUCACAUGUAGCCACCUUUACAACCAAAGCCAACUAUAACAAUUACUCUGCACUUGAACUCUUUGCCUCAAAGGUCGAUGUUGUCACCUAUGAGUUUGAAAACAUUCAAGUCGAGCCAGUCGAAUACUUGUCAAAGAAGGUUGCUGUUUUCCCUGACCCCAAGGUUUUGCGUAUUUGCCAAGAUCGUGUUCAAGAAAAGAAAUUCAUUCAAUCGCUCGGUGUUGGAACUGCCAACUUUGAACCAGUCGAGUCAUUGGAAAUGUUGCAAACCGCCAUUCAAAAGAUUGGUUAUCCAUCGAUCCUCAAAUCCAACACUAUGGGUUACGACGGUAAGGGUCAAGUAAAGAUUACCGAUCCAGUCGAUUUGGAGUCUGCAUGGAAGAAGGUAUGCGCCGACACCAACACUUCUAAAGCUAUUUUGGAGCAAUAUAUCGAGUUUGAAUCUGAGGCGUCAGUUAUCGUUGCUCGUGGUCUUGACUCUAUUGAAUUGCCAUUCUCUAUGGUUACCAACAAACAUCGUAAUCAUAUCUUGCGUCAAACUAUUGCACCAGCUUCCCUCCCAGAAUACGUCCACAAAGAUGCCAAGGAGAUUGCCAGCAAGAUUGGUAAAGGUAUUGGUUUGGUUGGUGUAUUGGCCGUAGAGUUGUUUGUCGUCAAGCGUGGCGAUACCUACCAACUAUUGGUCAACGAGUUGGCACCACGUCCACACAACAGUGGUCAUUGGACCAUCGAAGGUUGUGUUACCAGCCAAUUUGAACAACUUGUUCGUUGUGUCUGUGGUUUGCCACUUGGAAGCGUUGAUCUCAUGAAACGUGUCACCGAAAAAGAAUCGUUGGCCACCGAUUCACCAAUCAUUAUGAAUAAUCUUUUAGGUGCUGAAGUAGAUCAAUGGGAGAAAUGUUUAUCUCAAAAAGGAUCUCAUUUACAUAUUUACGCAAAAGGUGACGCCAGAGAAGGCAGAAAGAUGGGUCAUGUUACAAUCAUCCCAUGA